GUCAGCAGUCGGCGUUGACCGGUGCUGCGGCAGCCGGCGAGCAGCGAUGGCCGGGCAGAUGGCGGUGCUGGGUUCGGCAGUUCUGGCUCUCCUGCUAGCUGGCUAUCUAGCACAACAGUAUUUACCAAUGCCUACACCAAAAGUAAUUGGGAUUGAUCUUGGCACGACUUACUGCUCUGUCGGUGUCUUUCUUCCUGGAACAGGGCAGGUGAAGGUUAUUGCAGAUGAAAACGGGCAUAACAGCAUUCCAAGUAUAGUGUCUUUCACGGACAGACACGUAUACGUUGGAUACGAUGGCCUAGAACUUGCUGAUGCAAAUCCUCAGAACACUAUAUAUGAUGCAAAAAGAUUCAUUGGGAAGAUCUUCACUUCCGAAGAACUGAAGAGUGAAAGUAGCAGGUAUCCAUUUAAGAUUUUCAACAACGAUGGAUCAGCUGAAUUUUCUGUGACAACAAAUGAAACCUUUCGUGUCUCUCCGGAGCAUAUUGGCUCUCAGCUGCUACUGAAAUUGAAGAGAAUGGCAGAAGACCAUCUUGGUGUGCCCAUUUUGAAGGCAGUCAUCUCUGUGCCAGCAGAGUUUGAUGAAAGGCAACGGAAUGCCACUGUUAAGGCCGCUAACCUUGCAGGGCUAGAAAUCUUGAGAGUAAUCAAUGAACCCACAGCUGCAGCUAUGGCUUAUGGACUCCACAAAGCUGAUGUGUUUAAUGUUCUGGUGGUAGAUUUGGGUGGAGGAACUUUGGAUGUGUCCCUGCUGAACAAGCAGGGAGGGAUGUUCCUCACACGAGCCAUGGCAGGUAACAACAAACUUGGAGGACAAGAUUUUAAUCAGAGGUUGAUGCAGCACUUAUACGAUCAACUCAAUCAAGUUUAUGGUUCUCUGCCAUCGAGAAAAGAAGAAAUACAUCGCCUCAGACAGGCUGUGGAAGCAGUUAAAUUAAAUUUGACUAUUCAUGAAGCGUCUACGUUAAGGGUGUCAUUGACCAUGCCAGAAAGGAAGCUUACAAAAGAACUUCCUGAAAGUGAGGUAAAGCUAAAUACUAUUCAUAACAGCAAGCCUUCACAGAAAACAGAAGACUUGAAAAAUCGUGGAGAUGCUUCAGAUGAAGAAAACAACGUUGUCAAAGUUGUGUUUGAAAGAGAAAUUUCUAGGAAACUGUUUGAGAUGUUGAACGAGGACCUUUUUAAGAAGAUUCUUGUUCCCAUUGAACAAGUGUUGAAGGAAGGCCACCUACGCAAAGAGGAAGUGGAUGAAAUUGUAUUAGUUGGGGGCUCCACCCGGAUUCCUAAAAUACGUGAAGUUAUUCGGGAUUUCUUUGGAAAGGAACCCAACACCUCAGUAGACCCUGAUCUAGCAGUUGUAAUGGGUGUAGCUAUCCAAGCAGGAAUUGUUGGUGGGUCCUGGCCUCUCCAAGUAAGCGCGAUAGAAAUUCCCAAUAAGCAUUUAAGAAAGACUAAUUUUAAUUAAAGAUAAACUUUCCCACGGCAUCCCAUCUCUCCAAAAGCAUACUCUGAUGGUGCGUACUCAUCUGACUGUCAGUGGAGCCUAACCUUAGCCAUAUAAUAUUCUUUUAUUCUUUUUUUUUUUUUUUGUAAUCUAUUUGAGUUAAAUGUUACCUUAAAGGUACGAGUGGUUUUUAAAGCUCUGAAAUUGUCUUUGAAGUUGUGUUUGCUUCUAGAUUGGAUACAGAAUGAAAAUCCUAAACAUAACACACUCAUAUUCUUUUGCUAAAUUUUAUUAGCAAAUGUGGAAGAGGUGUUUGUUUAAAAAUUAAAGAGAGUGUGACCAAAGGUUAGAAAUAAUACAGCAUUGUAGUAUGGAUGUUCCUGUGUCAAAUCUAUUUUAUUUGAAAGAAUGUGAAGCAGUGUUAACGCACAUAGCACUAGCAGUGUUGAGCUAAAAUUUAUUUAUUAAAAUGAGUCAUUUGAGCAUUUAAAAACCUUUCUAAAAGGCAUACUGCAGCUUGAAUGAGAUUUAUGCAUUCAGUCAAAUCUGCUGCUGUUCAUAACAGCAUACGUUUUACGAAGACCACGUGGCAAAAUACUGUCUCAUGUUUGAGUCAAAACAUAUUAAGAAAUUCAGCUCUUGCUAACGUGGAGUUGCUUAGUGUGUCUACAAUGGCUAACUUCCUGAAACAUUCUGAAUGGUUAACGCAUAGGUGCCGCUGUCUUACACUUAAGAACAAGUGCAUAUCACCAACUGUUUCUACCUUUCUCCAACUUUUUUGAAAACGUAUUAAUUUUAUGUAUCUUGAAGCUACAUGUGUAUAUUUUCCCUUAAUUUUUUACCAAGAUGAAUUAAAUUGUUGCACAAUUACAAGAGUAUGACAUUUCCCCCCCCCAGCUCUACUGUUUUUAGGGGAAGAAGUGUGGGACCAAAUGAACUGCUUGGAUGAAGUCUAGUUCCUCUUGUUGAUGAAAACUCUUCCAGCUUUGUCUUACAUUUUAGCUAGUAUCUCUGCUUUAAGUUGUGUCAUAUUCCUCCUCUAAACUCAACAUAGAUUAGAGAUGGUAGCUGUUCAUCCAAGAAGGAAGCAGUGCCUGCAACUCAGGAUUUGAGGUAAUGUUUCUUUGGUCCAAAUACUUUGCCACUCACCUACCUAGCAAAUGCAAGAGGGGAAAAGGAUGAUAAAAUUAAAAAAAAUAAUUGUGAAGCUCAGCUAUUUUUUUUUUUUUUAUGGAAAGUUAAAGCAUUACUUAAUGGGCCAAGGGAUUUUCUAUCUGUUUAGAACUCUCCAGUGAAGGCAUUCAGCUAAGGUUUGUCUUCAUUCAUCAGCGCAGUAUCAGGUAAGCUCUAGUAAUAGGUGAUUCUAAGCAUUUCCUUGUAUCCUCCAAAAAAUAACUUUGAUAAGUGUGCCAAGACAUAAAGUGUGGGCUUAGAUCUAUAGUUUAACCUCUGACCAUGUUAAAAUAGGCCUAUUAUUCUCCUGGCAGUAGACCAGAUCUAUGACACUGCCUUCCCAAUCGUGCUGAUGCAGCUGUUUGCAUAGCUGUAGCCUAAACAUACAUACCUUUGAAGUAAUCCUAUUAAAAACCACUUGAAUUUUAGUUUUGUGCAGCCAUUCCAUGGGUGGUAUUUAACUUCACAGAGAUUCUCAAAAUACUGAUAAGGUUUAAUUUCACUGAGUUGGAAACUAAAGAGACUUUUUGGAUGCCUUUUUUCCUUCCUUUAUACCCUUUGAAAGUGACCAUCUUUACGUCUGUAUGGGAAUUCUAGUAAAAUCUGGUAAUGUAUUAAAAUAAAAUAUUGCAUGUUUAUAAAAGUGAGUGAGGUAAGGGACUAAGGUGAAUAGAACUAAAACUCCUGAGUUGAAAGAGGUCUUUUUAUUGAAGUCAUGGGUGGAUGCCAAUAUGCAGUACAGUUCUCAUGUGCAGUUGCCUUGCAGAUGUAUUUGUGUAUAUUCAGUAUAUUUUUUCCAAAGUAUUUGGAGUCACUGUGGCCUUUCUGCUGCCCUGUGGUAAAUUCAUCUCAAAAUAUAGUGGAAUUUUUGUACAACUUCAGGUUGUUUUUUUGUUUGUUUGUUUAGUGCAGAUCUGCUUAUUUUACACAGUGCAAUAAAAUAGAUUAAAAGAAAACCACAUUGCAGUUGAGCUAAACUAUUAAAAGCUUUUUGUGGUUUUGGGACAAGAUAGGCCGAAGUGAGGGUGUACCUUUAAGCUGUUUAAACAAUGCAAAUAAUGGAAGUACUUCAGCACAUUCCUUCGCUCUGGAGGAGGUUAAAAAUCUCUGGUUUUAAUCUGGGAGUUGUAAGGGUAGGGUGAGUUGUUUAUUUGUAUUAAAAAAAUAAUUAAAAUCACAACAGGGUAUUUAUUCUUUCAGUUUUCUAUAUAGAUUGUAGUAGAAAAGCUGCUGUACAUCAGAUAUCUCCCAGUGUAUCCUUAUUUAUUUAUUUUUCUGAUUUCUGCAAUCAAGUUAUCUAUUUCGUCUUUGAUCCUACUACUGUAUUUUGGCACAAACCAUCAUAUUUUAAAGAUGAGUAGGACACUGGGCUAAGUGGAUGUUUUCAGAUAUGCAGAUGUACUGCUUAUCAGAAGUCUUUAAAUAAAUUGAUGUUUGAAGGCUGAAAUCUUUCUACAACCUCUCCUGGAAAUCUUGAGUAUGGUUGCCUGUGACAUAAAGCGUAUGACAAAUGUAUACAGUUCAAGCUUGUGUUGCGAGUUGAAAUUCUGGAAGUCUAAGCUGCCUCACCACCAGUAUGUUCCUGAAUUGUUUCCAAAUGCAGAUGAUGAAACGCGUCUUAUAAAUACCCUUUUAGAAUGUUUUUAAUAAAACCAAUUUCUGUCCUUUGGA